UCUGUCUGUUUCAUAUUUAAAGGGAGAGAUAGUAAACACAAAGUUAGAGAGAGGCAGGGAUUUGUCAUUGGGGUUUAGGAUAUGGCAGAGGAUUUUCAGGCUGCUAUUUGCGGCGAUAAUUGGUGGAGCUCUUCACGAAACAUGAUGGUCACCGUCGGUGGCUUAUCGCCCUGUUCCGUCGGGAUCGGCGACCUAGGUUGGCCGCCGGCUGAUGAUUUCCUCGACAUCAAGCCCAAGUCCGCAACUGAUUCCGACCACAACAACAGCAACAACAAUAACUCCAUGCUUUUUCAAGACUAUUCCACCUUCCAAAUGAUGGGUUUUGCUCUCUCUUCUUCCACCACCUCCGAUCAUUGGAACCAACCUGAUGGUUUACUUUGCGGCGAUGGGCGAGGUGAGAGCAACUUCAAUUCGAAUGGAAUUGAGAGGUACAAAGAUGAGGAAAUUAAAACGAGUUUCUCGUCUGAUUCGAGCUUCAUAAACGGAUUGAAGCAAGGAGAUGAUGAAGAUUACAACAUGUUGGAGCAAAAUGGUUUGAUGUCUAUUAACUGUUCAUCCACAACUAACACACCCACUUGCCAGGGUUUGUUUCCUCUUGACUCAACUUUAUAUGGAUACCCUCAUCAACAACAACAACAACAACAACCACCACAUGCCCAUUCCCUUUUCAACGCAACCCACCCUCACCCUCAGCCUGUUUCUGCCGCCUUGCACUUCGCCAAUAACACUCCCUUUUGGAACGCCCCAUCCGCAGCUACUUCAACUCACAUUCCACAGGGCAUUGCUUCCUUACUUGAACAAAAGAGCGCCAAGCCUAUCAAUAAUGGUAAUUGUGAAAAUGGUCAAGAACCCAAGAAAUGUGACAAAAACAGCGCAAAUGAAUCAGUACCAGUGUUCAAAAGGCCUCGAAUUGAAACUCCAUCACCAUUGCCGACAUUUAAGGUGCGGAAAGAGAAGCUAGGGGACCGUGUGACUGCGCUUCAACAACUGGUUUCACCGUUUGGAAAGACCGAUACUGCCUCAGUUCUUCACGAAGCCAUUGAGUACAUCAAGUUCCUCCACGAUCAAGUCAGUGUCUUAAGCACUCCAUAUAUGAAGAGCAACAAUGGAAUAACACCCACCCUACAACACCAACAGGUAUGUGAAAAGGAAGACCCAGAUUGCCCAAAACAAGAUCUGAGAAGCCGAGGGCUUUGCUUGGUGCCGGUCUCAAGCACAUUUCCAGUGUCCAAUGUAGGCACGGCGGACUUCUGGACUCCGACGUUCGGUGGAACAUUCCGGUGAAGAGAUUAAAAGAAUGCAUGCAGUAGGGAGUUUUAUAGAGAAAAAAGAAGAUAUCAGAUUGUAAUAUUUGAUGUUAAAAAUAGAGUAGUGGUAGAGUAUUGGGAAGAACAGGAACAAGUGCUAAAUUCAGGUAAAGUACUCAACGACACAGACAGGGCAGCGUAAGUGGGUAGUUGAUGAUAGCUGGAUUUAGCAGAUGGGGUGGAAUUAGUGUAUAAAGUUCACCCUUUUGUUCCUGUUCCUUUUUUAAUUUGUAAUGAAUGACAAUUAAAAUGUUUUGCAAUUUUGGGUUUUGAAUCA